CCAUCUCGCAUCCCCCCCGCCAUGAAGUCCGUCACCAGAUUCAGCAGCGCGGCCCUCCGCCGUACCGUCCGCGCUCCGCUGCGCGCCCAAACACCUGCCAAUUGCGUCAUCGGCCGAGCUCCUGCAACGCUGAGCUUCCGCGUCAACAACGCCGCUGGUGCGAUUCGGCCCUUCCACUCCUCAAUGAACAUGAGGGUUGGCAUCAUGCCCGAGACGGAGAACCCAGCGCCAAAGGAGAGCGAGGAGCACGACCACGCUGCCGUGCCAGCGACCAUCACGGAGGAAGAGUUCCACGAGCGCGCCGACGCGUAUUUGGAGGAGUUGGUUGCGCGGCUGGAGGAGCAGCAGGAGAAGAGCCCGGAUAUCGAGGUGGAUUACUCGGCUGGCGUCUUGAAUAUCGAACUCACGACCAAGAACCAGAGCUAUGUGCUCAACAAACAGCCCCCGAAUAAGCAGAUCUGGCUCAGCUCGCCGAUAUCAGGGCCGAAGCGCUUCGACUGGGCGCUUGUGCAGGAGGGACAGGAUCAUAAGGAGGGUGGUGGAGGCGAAGACUGGGUGUACUUGAGGGAUGGCAGUUCGCUCACGGAUAUUCUGAGGAAGGAACUCGGCGUGGAUUUGAGCGUGGAUGAUGAAGUUCCGCGCUGAUGGACGACACUCAAAGAUGAAGAGUAAAUGUGGUGUUUGACUGCUACUCCUUAUGCGUGUAAGAGGCGGCAGUCAUGAUUCAGGUGUAUUAUAGCGAUAUGGCAAGCUUUCCUGCCGUAUCCCAUACACAUGCUCCCAGUCUAUGGUAUACCAAAAUCCCGCCCAAACGCCUGUCCUAUGCAACGCCGUAGAUGUGUUUUAUGUAUGAAUUUACGCGGCAAUAGCAGCGCUCUGAGGCGCAUCC